CCAUCUGGAUGGAGAAAACUUAGAAAUAUUGUGCAAUGGACGCCGUUUUUCCAAACUUACAAGAAGCAGAGGUAUCCUUGGGUACAACUAGCUGGGCACCAAGGAAAUUUCAAAGCUGGACCAGAUCAGGGUACGAUUUUGAAGAAACUUUGUGCGAAAGAAGAAAAAUGCUUUAAGAUUUUAAUGAAAGACAUCCUAAGGCCCUACAUUCCUGAGUACAAAGGAUUGGUUACCAGCGAUGACGGAGACUGUUGCUAUAUACAAUUGCAGGAUCUCUUGGGAGAUUUCGUGUCGCCUUGCGUAAUGGAUUGUAAAAUGGGUGUCAGAACUUAUUUAGAGGAAGAACUUGCCAAAGCUAAGGAAAAACCAAAAUUAAGGAAGGAUAUGUAUGAAAAAAUGUGCCAAAUCGAUCAGAAUGCUCCGACAGAAGAAGAGCAUAAGAUGAAAGGAGUCACGAAACCCAGGUAUAUGGUUUGGAGAGAAACCAUUUCUUCCACAGCCACUUUAGGGUUUAGAAUCGAAGGAAUUAGAAGUGCAGAUGGUACUUCUACAAAAGAUUUCAAAACCACAAAAACCAAAGACCAAGUCAUGGCCGCAUUUGAGAAGUUCACCGAUGGGUUCCCACACGCCAUUCCUAAAUAUAUUCAGAGGUUGAAAGCUAUAAACGCUACAUUAGAAACUUCAGAGUUCUUCAACUCGCACGAGGUCAUCGGAAGUUCAUUGCUUUUUGUCCACGAUCGUUUCACCGCUAACGUUUGGUUGAUCGACUUCGCCAAAACCAUCAUCCUACCUGACAACAUAAAAAUUACACACCGUUCCAAAUGGAAGGUUGGCAACCACGAAGACGGCUACCUCGUUGGGAUUAAUAACCUCAUCAAAAUAUUUAUGACGAUGCUAGAACAACAACCUGUUACUGUUAGUCCUCCGCUGACUCUGCAAGAUCCACCCGAAGUGAUAUAG